UUAGAAUACUCCUUCAUCAUCCAUAAUUUCAUGCCUCCAUUCCACCGUAAUUUCUCUCUCCCCAAUCACUGCCGACUGCAAUUAGCACCUCUGACCAUCCCCAUUUCAGAAGUCCAGCCUGUAAUGCUUCUCUGCUCCGUCGUUAUCAGAUUUUCUGUCGAAAUCACGGCGACUAUUGCAAAGAUACAACCAUCAACAUCUCCGGAAUGAGUGCAGGGGGAGCAUUUGGUGGAAAUAGAGGAGUCAGGCCGGUUCCACCAGAGAAAGGAGUUUUCCCGUUGGAUCACAUGCAUUUAUGUGACCUGGAGAAGAAAGAAUACCUCAAUUGUCUUAAAUCUGCCGGUCAUAAAUCUGAGGGGUGUAGACAUCUUUCUAAAAAGUACCUGGAGUGCCGUAUGGAGAAGAAUUUGAUGGCGAAGCAAGACAUGUCCGAACUUGGCUUUGGCAAAAUUUCUGAUGCCAAAACUAAGUCAGAGGAAAAGACAGAACAGACUAUAGAGAAAUGAAGAGUGAACUACUCAAUGUGGAUUUUUGAUUAGUCUGGUUAUGAAAUUCUACAUGCAGGCUGACCAUAGUGUCGUCACCACAAUUUCUGUUACUUAUACUUGGAAGCGCACUGUUUGUAACGUUUCUAUUUCUUUCUUCUCCUGGUCCUCUGUGAAUUGGAAGGCAGACAUGUAUCAGCGAGAAUGGAGAGAAACAUGAAAGGAAAAGAGGAAAUGUUGUAUAAAUUGGUAUUCUGCUAUCUGCACAUACACAUUAUUGUUUAUGAAUUAUGAUCAUUUAUUUUACCUAGUCCAAACUUUUGUUUGUGAAA